GGCCUGAGCUCAAAGUCCGCGGCAUCCAGCCGGGGAGGCGGCGGUUGGCAGUACAGGUGGGCUCCCGCCCUUGGCUAGGCAAGAUGCCCCUGGGGCUGCGGAGAAAGAUGAAAACCAAGUCCAAGGAGACCGCCCGGCUGGUGAAGGGCGAGCAGGCGGGCGCGAGCGGCGGCAGCCUCCCGGACCCCCCGGUUCCGACACACAAGCUGGUUUUCCACACGCAGCUGGCGCACGGCAGCGCCACGGGCCGAGUGGAGAAUUUCUCCAGCAUCCAGGAGCUCUACGCCAAGAUUGCGGCAGUGUUCGAGAUUUCGGCGUCGGAGAUCUUAUACUGCACGUUAAACACACCUAAAGUUGAUAUGGAAAGACUCUUAGGAUCACAGAUAGGUCUUGAAGAUUUCAUAUUUGCCCAUGUGAAAGGGAUCAAAAAGGAAGUAAAUAUACAUAAAUCUGAGGAUUCACUUGGUCUCACCAUUACAGAUAAUGGUACUGGCUAUGCUUUUAUAAAGAGAAUUAAAGAUGGUAGCCUAAUUGACUCCAUUAAAACCAUCUGUGUGGGGGAUCAUAUUGAAUCCAUAAAUGGAGAAGAUAUCAUUGGGUGGCGUCACUAUGAUGUUGCUAAAAAGUUAAAGGAAUUAAAAAAAGAUGAACCCUUUACCUUGAAGUUAAUAGAACCUAAGAAGGCAUUUGAAAUAGAGCCAAGGUCAAAAGCUGGAAAGUCCUCAGCAGGAAAAAUUAGUACUGGAAGGGAGACACUUCGCCUGAGAUCAAAGGGUCCUGCCACCGUGGAAGAAAUGCCCUCUGAAGCCAAAACAAAAGCAGUUGAGAAGAUUGAUGAUCUUCUUGAAUUGUACAUGGGAAUUCGAGAUCCUGAGUUAGCUACCACAAUGUUUGAAGCUGGAAAGGACAAAGGUAAUCCAGAUGAAUUUGCUGUGGCACUUGACGAAACUCUUGGAGACUUUGCGUUCCCAGAUGAAUUUCUCUUUGAUGUUUGGGGAGCCAUCGGUGAUGUGAAACGAGAAUGAUUAUGAUGUGGAUGAUCCAUCUCUGGAGAAAUGAACCAUUCUUCCUGUUUCGAAAUCCCAUAAGAUCUGUUUUUAGACACUGUUACGGACUCUGGUUUGGUCUUAUGUGUAUGAAAUACCUUCUUUGAAAUAUAAUUUUGGUUUCUGGGUAUCUUCUAAUGCAGUUUCAUAUGUGCUAUUCUUAAGAUAAAUUACCUAAAAUAUCAAUUUAAAUAUUCAUUCAAGAGUCUUUUUAAAGUAAGUUUUAGGGAGUACUUCUAGAGAGAUGAUUUUGCUCCACAUUAACCCAUGUUUUCUUUUCCACAUAGAAGUCAUUGAUUGCAAUAGGUCUGUAGCUCAUUUUCAAUAUCUUAAUGCAGUGAAACUAGGAUUAGAGUUUGAUUUGUCUUGUAGCAUCUUCAUUUUGUUAUACCAGCCUGAGCAGGAUAUGUUCAGGAAGCGAAGUGUGAAUUAUGCCACCUAUAGGUCUAGAAGCAUUGUUUCUUUAAUCCACUGAGUAAGAGGGAGGAAGGUUUCUAUGGUCUCUUGAUGUCUAUAGCCUACUUUCUCUCUUCAUAAAACAAGGAUUGAUUGACUUGCUUUUUGCUUCUUUGUAAUUACUUCUUUUUAAAAACUUGUGAAAUCUGUUGUGCUAUGUGUUUGCUUGUGUGGAAGAAAGGUGGAAAAGGCAGAUAGAGUAGAAACCACUUAUAUUUGAUUUUUUUUUUAAAGCAAUUCUUUAACCAUUAUUUCUUUUUCCACUCAUACCCACGUUUAUGUUACCUUUUAUAAGCACUCCAGGGAAGGUUUUUUAUAGUCCUUGUGGAACUUUUCUUUUGAAAGAUAUUUACUCAGAAAAUAACUAUGUUUGAGAACAUUUUUUUGGGUGAAAGAGCAAUGCUUUUAAGCCCCCUAAACUUUAGAGGAGAUAGCAUCAGAAAUCGAUUUCCCCGGUGGAAAUAAAGGAGGACCAGAGGAAUUGAGAAAAUAUAUUUGCCUAUUAUUUUAGAGUUCUAACAUACUUUCUCUAAAACCUUACAUUAUUGAGAAAAUUGAGGGCAAAUGACUGCCUUAUCACUCUUAUUUGACAUGUUAUAGAUGUAGGAGAAAUGGAAAUGAAUGGUUUCAACAUAGAUCAUUUAAUAAGGCAGAGCAUGGUGUGACCAAGCAUUCUUCUAAAGUGUUGUAUGGAAGAUGCUGUGUGCUGCCAUGGUAAUCAGAAAUAAUAACCCGUGAGGGCUGUGUUCCAGGAAAUCAGAAGUAGUUCCUUUUUCGUGCUGAGUUAAUGCUAAGAUAACUAUUGAUUUCUGGUACAACUUUACCUGUACAGACGUCCACUCCUCUUUCACAUAAAUCUAAUGCUAUGAAGCUGAUAUUCUUUGUCUCAUUAAUCUGAGACCUGUACAGAAGCCUGGUUUUACUCAUUAAUGUGUAACAAAAGUAGGUUAUAGAAUGUGGUUUGUCUUAUUGUACUUGCCCAUCAUUUGAAAAUAGGACCCACCUCAGGAUGUAAUUUGUUGUUACUUGUUCAUUGGAUUUCUUUUGGAGCUCCCCAAGUAUCUAUUAAUUAUUAACACCAUCUGUCUUAGAAGGACACACAAAGAAAGAGUUGAUCUUUUUCUUUCUUUCUUUUUUUUCUUUUUUUUUUUUUGAGAGC